CCUCUGGAUCCACUGAACGGCACAAAGAAGUAACAGCAGGAAUGAGAAAAACUGUUUCUCAUUUCAGUUAGAUGCCUUUUUCUGUUAUUAUGAAGGCCUUUGGAUGAAUCAGUUAAAGCUUUACGACAUCUGGGGAAGAUGACGCAGAACAUGUUUCAGGAGGGGUUGUACCAUGUGUUUUUUAAGGAGACACCCCAGACCCGCCCAGUGACCCAGACUGCCAAUGAUGGGGAGCUAAACAAUGCCAGGAUUCAUCGCUGGUUUGGGACUGUGGUUAACACUAGACUUUUGGUCUCUGGGGUGGUUCAGGUCCUCAGUGCCUUAGCUUGUAUACUGAGCACCAUCACUCAUGCAUGUGUCAGCUACAGCUGCUCUGUCUCCAUGAUGAUGCCAGUGUGGUCAAGUUUAUUUUAUGUGGCUGCUGGGUGUUUGGCAAUGGAGGUUCAGAGGAAAGCUAAUAAAGUGAAGAUCAUCGCUCUGAUUGGUCUGAACGUCUUUAGUGUACUGUUUGGAUUCUCUGCUCUGCUGGUAAACAGUAUCAGAGCUACACAUCCUGUUGCUAUCAACACAUACCAGCAGCGUACUGGUUCAUCCGUUGCGAGGGCCAGCUCCAUAGCAUUCACUGUUCAUUGUUUCCUGGUAUCAGCCUACAUACUGUUCCUGUCCUUGAGAGGGCUGCACCGCUACAGUUCUCCCCAUAGUCAGUCCUACAGCCGCGUCUCACAGGAUCCUGAUGACACCAAUGCGCCUCUGCUGGAACAAGUGGAAUUUAAUCUGUGAAUCUCUGCAAAAAGCUCCUCUUAGAUUUAUCUGCUUGCACACCAUGUAUAAAGUAAGGUACUGUUGAUGGCUCUGUUUUGUGCAACCCCGAUAUAACAGUGGUUUAGAUACAUGAUGAAAUAUCAAGUCACCUGAUUCAGUACUUUGACUCAGUAUCACUUCUCUUUUGGGGUUCUCAGAAACUUGAAACUCACCAGAAUAAUGGAGAAGUACAUCAGCAGAUGUAAAAGCUGCUUCACACGCAGAUCAUGGUGUAUAGAGAGGACCAAUAGGACCAAAAGAAAUAUCUGUCAUGAUUAUCUCAACUUAAUAAAAAGAACACAAUCAAAGCAGUUUUUGAAUGAGCUCUUUUUAUUAUUGUUUAGCUAAUUAGAAGGUGGUUGUUAUUAAAUUCGGACGGUUAUUUAGUUGACAUAUUAGUGAUAUCCAGUGAAAUUAUAUUAAUAAGUGAUUGUUUCCAUAAUAAAUAAUUAUGGAAUUUGUAAAGACAUGAUUGUAAUGAACAUAAAAACAUGAUUUUAAAUUUUUUUUAAAUAAAAAUGUAUGCAAGAUAUAUCCCAUGGACUUCAAAAGUCCAUCAAUUAUAUAUUGACCCUACCAAGUCCACAUGAAUUUAGAUUUUUCUUGCUAAAAAUAUAUAUUUAAAAAUUUACAAGAUAUUAUUUGUUAAAACUGAUGUUAAAAUGUUAAUUAUUUUUAUCUAUUUUUAUUCUUAUUUGCACUGCUGCUAAUUGUCGUGUUUUUCCAGACAAAUUUCGUUGUACUUCUGCACAAUGACAAUAAAGUCUCUUUAUCUUUUUCUCUAAUUUUAAUUUUCUCAGGUGUUGUUCUGUGAGGGACACUAGAGGGCAGCAUUGCCAGUGUGUUUUUUAAAUGUCCAUUCUGAUAAGCAGAUUCAGUCCUACUGUGCAAAUUUAGAGGAUGUCUUUUUUUUUCUUUUUAAUUUUGUUUUCCACAUGUUAAUGCUACCAACACAAUGGACACUAACUUGUUGAAUGAGAACACACUGUCUGAUCAGUUGAAUACUGAAUGCAUACUACAACACUUGUAGUCUUAAAUAAACGUUUUUGUUCAGAAAGCUCA